CCGUCAGAUCAUCUUUGCGACAAAGUCGUCAGAGGAAACAGUCAGCGAUAUCGGACUGAUGGCUGCAGUCGUUCGACAUAAACUAUAUUAGAGACAGUUAAAAACUCUUACAUUUUCUGGGGUCGUGCUAUGUCUUCGGGAAUGACAGGACAAACGCCCUGCCUAACCAGUCGCUGGGACCAGCCAGCUCAACCUAAAAAGAGUGUUGAUGCACAGCAACAGGAAAGUUUUGGAAAUGCAACUCUCCCUGUCUCCUUGCAAGGAGUUGUCGGCUCCGCUGGUUCAAACAGUCCAGCUUCUCAGCCACCUGAAGCCGAGGAAACGCCUAAGGGGGGAGUUGAAAAAGCAGCAGCAAUGGCUGCAAAAAUAAAUGCCAUGUUGAUGGCGAAAGGGAAACUUUUAACUCCUCCGCCAUUACUUCCUAAGAAACCUCCAAGUAUCCCGGUACCACCCCCUACAGAAGAAAUGGUGGUCACUGAAGUGGAUAUAAAUGACGUACCGCUAAAUUGCAGAGAACUGCUUACUAAAGGCAAAACACAGGAAGAGAUCAGAUUGUUUAGCGGAGCGGUUGUCUCAACUAAAGGUCUUUACAUGCCUGAAGUCAUAACUACAGGAGGACAAAGACCUUUGUAUUUACAUGUUCAGGGAAAGACGCAAGAACAGGUCAAUAAAGCUGUAAUGAGGAUAAAGGAGAUAAUUUCUGAAGAUGCGAUAAGGGCCUCGGCAGCAUCAGGAGGACAGCAGGCUCCUGUAAUUCCGCCACUAACACUUUACCCUCAGCCUCCUCGGCCUGUCGUCCCAACUCCUGUGCCACGUGUGCCCAACGCAAACUCUGUGCCUGGCCAAGGACAUAGACCAGCAGCUCCUCACAUAGGGAGUUUUGUGCAUACCAAAAUUUUUGUUGGCCUGGACCAAGCGUUGCCCUCAUUCAAUGUGAAGGAAAAGGUCGAAGGUCCCGCUGGAUCGUAUCUGAGUCACAUCCAGACUGAGACAGGGGCUCGAGUCUUCCUCCGGGGAAAAGGGUCUGGUUACAUCGAACAGGCAUCAAAAAGAGAGUCUUUUGAGCCUCUUUAUGUCUACAUUAGCCAUCCGAAUGCAGCUGGAUUGGAGUCAGCUAAGAAACUUGCUGAGAGUCUGCUGGAAACUGUGAGAGCCGAACAUGCCCGGAUGAUGUCGAUGUACACAACUACUGGCGCACCUCAGCCAUACGCAGCACAUGGAUUUCCAACUAAUAGCAGUUACUCUAGCCAGGGGUCCUGGUAUAACUACCCAGCAAAUGGGUAUGCUGGCGGCUAUGCAGCGUAUCCAGGAGCCGGUGGUUAUUGGAGUAGUGCAAAUGGCCCCCCAAGUCAAUCUAACCUGUCGACAACCCCAUCUCCAUCUUCUCAGGCAAUGAUUCAGUACCCAGUGUGUCCCAGGAAACCACAUCCUUUUCUUGUCCAGGAUCCAAGCAGCGGUGAGACAGUGGAGCCUGAAGGAUGCUUAAACACCCCCACUGACUCAGGAAGUCCCAAACAUCAGCUCCAGGAGGGGGCUAAGGAUGAGCAGCCUACCAGCUGCCCUCCAGAGGGUCCGGCUCACCUGGAGUCCACCCUUCCUUCAUCCAGUGUAGGAGAGGAGAAAGUCGUAGAAAGGAUUUUGAUGCCGCCUCCACCACCACCCUUUGUGGUUACUCCCCCCGUUGCGCGCAAGAGGCCAAGAGAACCAGAGCCAGAAGACCCAUCUAGUCCACCGCCCAGCUCCUCCGCAUCAACGGGUGUUCAGGAAGAGGUGUCUGUGAAGAAGACUAAAGUGAACGCUGAUACUUCUGGGCUUGUGCCCUAUGGGGGAGAUUCCUCAGAUGAAGAGGAUGAGAGGACCCACAGCAGUAAGACAGAAAACCUAUAACCUCUGUCAACCUCAUCCCCACUGCCCUGUGAUUUUUACUGACCAGAAGGUUCCACUUCAAGUAUAUUCUCAGAACUCUUUAAAGUCACAAUAAAAGCAGAAGUCUGCCCUGAACUGCCUAUACCAGCAUUUUGAUAUAUUUUCCUGUUUUUCAGUGGUUUAGCUUUUAUUCUUUGAGAAUAAGUUUUCAUCCUAGUUCUACAAGUUAAGUGAAAAUUUCAGUUCAUAAAAAAAUAAUCAUUUCAAGUAGGUUGGCAGACUUCAAAGAAUAACAUACAAUAUGUGAUUUAUCACUUAAGCUGCAUAGGUUAGAUGCAUUCCUGUGCUUUACUAAUCGAAAAAAACUAAACAAAUUCUUUUGUUCUUCAUGUUGAAGUUGGCCUCACAAAAGAAAGUCAGAUCUCUGUUUAUUUUUAAAGUAGGUCUUUGCUCUCAAAUACAACUUAAUCUGAUGUAAAUAGAAAUGAAGCCAAUGAAUAGUUCACAGCUUGCUUGUAGUCAGAUAUAACUUUGAACUCUUUUCACUUUAAUCUGACUCUAAAUUUUGCCCUCAUCAAUGUUAAUCCAGAGAUUAGGUAAAAGCAAAUCCCAACCACUGCACUUGUCAAAAUAUGGAGGUACACAGGGCGGACUUCUUAAGAUGUAAAUCCAGCUGUAUAUUGACUUUUUUUUUUCUUUUUUUCCCUCAAACUUGUUUUAAAAAGUCCCAUAGUUCCCAUUUUUGUUUUUAAACAUCUGGUCUUGCUGCAGUUGCAUAUGGUUUAAAUACAUAAACUUCAGU